GUGGUUGAUUAGUUGAUACCCGUCUGUCGUUGGGGACGGUUCGUUCGAGGUUAUGUACGAAACGCGCGUCGGACGCGCAUAUUCCUAUCGCGUAACUCUAGCGUGAUUUGACGAGAUUGUACCGUACUCAACCUGUGAGUUCUGUGUAUAUCGUGCCGCUUUUACUUUCGGUUUAUGUGCGGUGUGAAACGAGUUAUAAAGUGAGUGAUCACCGAGAUAGCUAAGAAACUCGUCGAAGAAAGUGAGUGAUUUUAAUGGUGUGUGCUUCUAAGGCUCGACUAUCGUAUCGGCUCUGUGUUUCUCGUUUGGUUUCAUUGUUGUUUCACGUUUCGUUCCUGACUAGUGAAUUAUAGUGCGUACUCUCUCUGGCUAUGACUUGGGAUACCGCCGGAUAUACCUGAGGAUAACGGAGACGUAUCCAUUAUUUCUGAUAGGACUCAGGCGUGACUGUAGGGAGCAACAUAACCUCUUCAAGGGCCUCUGACGAUAAGAUGUACCCCAGUGCCGGUAUGAACGCGGCAGCUGUGGCUGUGGCAGCUGCGGCACGGCACCCGGGUCCACCGCAAUCUGGACAGCAAAUUAAACUCACAGUCGGAGAAUCCUGCGAUAGGAUCAAGGACGAAUUCAGCUUUUUGCAGAACCAAUGUCACGCUUUAAAACUGGAGUGCGAGAAACUAGCAACGGAGAAGAUCGAGAUCCAGCGACAUUACGUGAUGUAUUACGAGAUGUCGUAUGGCCUAAACGUGGAGAUGCAUAAACAGGCUGAAAUAUCGAAAAGGCUAAACGCGAUCAUUGGACAAAUCUUGCCAUUUCUCUCUCAAGAGCAUCAACAGCAAGUAGCAACCGCUGUUGACAGGGCGAAACAGGUCACAAUGACGGAACUGAACUCCAUAAUUGGGCAACAGAGACCCGAUAUAUCAAGACUGCUACAGCAAAUGCACGCUCAACAACUGCCACCGGGACCAGCGAUAGGUGCUCAUCCAGGUUUACCCGGACUUCCGGGACUGGGACCAGCUGCUGGACUUCCGGUGCCGACUUCCGCCUCGGCUCUUCUUGGUCUUGGCUUAACGCCGGGCGCCGCAACGGCACCCGGCACAACAGCCGCUCAUCCACUCUCCAUGUUGAACAAACCGGAAUUGCAUCGUGGACAACCCGACGACUUGAAGAGCAACGGUGGUCUCAGCUCGACCGAGGAGAGACACAGAAGUUCGAUAUCGCCGGGUGAUAAAUACAGUCGUCCACGAACACCCCAGGAGACGCACCAUUCGCAUCAUUCUCAGAAUCACCACGAUCAUCCCAUGCACAUCAAGAAAAUGAAAAAGGAGCAGGAUAAGGAUAUCGGUCAUAGUGACGGCGAGAAGAGCGAUCAGGACCUGGUCGUGGACGAUGCCAGCGAGGGACCAACGAGUCCGGUGGUGAACGGGACAACGUCGCCUCGCGAGAACGGCCUCGACAAGGUACCCCCAAUGGGUGCCGGUGUGCAAACGAAGAAGGACGUACCACCACAUUCACCCAGAAGUGGAACCAGCAGUAAUGCCAGUACGCCCUCGGCUAAGAAGAUGGAAGAACGGGAGAAGCCAACGACACCAAUUUCGAAACCAUUGACGCCGACCUCUGGUUCCGCGAUCGGUGCAAGUUUGAAGCACUCGGGAUCGGCGAAGAUACUUCAAGGACCACCGCCCCCCGGUGUGCCCAGCGCCUAUCCGCCUCAUUAUGCUCCCGGGCCACCUCCUCACCAUCUGGCACCGGCGGGUCAGCAUCCUCACGUUGACAUGAUGGGUUACAACGGAUAUGUGGCACCCAGAGCACCACCGUCGCUUCAGCAGCUCUACGAUCCCCACGUGGCCAUGAGGGCACCCAUGGGAUCUGUAGGAGUACCUGGAGGCAAACCCGCGUACAGUUUUCACGUGUCGAGCGAAGGCCAGAUGCUACCGGUUCCGUUUCCGCAGGACGCGCUCAACGCGCAAGGGAUACCGCGUCAUGCGCGGCAAAUUAAUACCCUUAGUCACGGGGAGGUCGUGUGUGCUGUCACGAUCUCGAAUCCGACCAAGUAUGUAUACACCGGCGGCAAGGGCUGCGUCAAGGUCUGGGACAUCGGCCAGGGCGGCACGGGAACGACUAAAUCUGUGUCACAGCUCGACUGCCUACAACCUGAUAACUAUAUCAGGUCGGUGAAGUUGUUACCGGACGGCAGGACACUGAUAGUCGGUGGCGAAGCCAGCCGGCUGAGUAUCUGGGAUCUGGCCAGCCCAACGCCAAGGAUCAAGGCCGAGUUGAUCUCGUCCGCCCCCGCGUGCUACGCUCUGGCCAUCUCGCCGGACUCGAAGGUCUGCUUCAGUUGCUGCAGCGACGGCAGCAUUGCCGUCUGGGAUCUCCAGAAUCAGUCUUUGGUCAGGCAGUUCCAAGGUCACACAGACGGUGCCUCGUGCAUCGAUAUUUCCGCUGACGGGUCGAAAUUGUGGACCGGAGGGCUGGACAACACUGUGCGCUCAUGGGACCUUAGGGAGGGUAGACAGUUAAAGCAACACGACUUCACCUCGCAGAUAUUUUCCCUCGGUUACUGUCCCACGGGAGAGUGGUUGGCGGUGGGGAUGGAGAACUCGAACGUCGAGGUGUUAAACGCUACCACACCGGACAAAUAUCAGCUGCACCUGCACGAGUCCUGUGUACUAUCGCUGAGAUUCGCGUCCUGUGGCAAGUGGUUCGUUUCCACUGGCAAGGACAAUUUGUUGAACGCUUGGCGCACGCCUUAUGGAGCUUCGAUAUUCCAGUCGAAGGAAUCGUCGUCGGUGCUCAGUUGCGACAUAUCCGCGGAUGACAGGUACAUCGUUACCGGUUCCGGUGAUAAGAAGGCAACCGUUUACGAAGUUAUGUACUGAACGGUCGAAACCGUGACUGGUCGAACGUAUAUAUUCAUUUCGAACGUGGAAAGAAGAUGCUCUCCGUGCAACGUGGGUGUACAUAGUUUUUACACGAUAUCACGGAAGACAUUUGUUGCCGUUGUUCUUGUUAUUGUUGUUGCUCUUGGUAAAGAAGAGUCAGUGCAAAGAGUGAAACGAGUUAAACAAAGCGGAGUAGUAAAGUAUUAUAUAAAUGAAUUAUAAUCAUGAUAAACCGCGUGAUUAUUCUGAACGACAUUUGAGAAGAGAACUCGUACUUUAUCCGCGACUUUAAACGGGUGUGCUAAAAGAAUCUAGAUUUUCUGUGACAAUAGAUAAAGUGAUUGUGUUUUUGAAUCGUGGUCAAUAGACUUUGAAUUAUUGAUCUUUCUGUUCAACAAACAAAAUGCUGGCACUCAUACUGCGUUUUCCGCUGUACAUUUUGUAUAUACAUAUACAUAUAUAUACAUUAUACAUAUAUAUACAUACGUACAUCAGUCUUUAGCAUGAUAUUUUUCUACGUCCCCUGAAAGCGAGACGGGAAGUGAGUAGCGAAGAAAACGAAAUUCACUGAAAUUUGUACAUACUAUCUGGCUUAGAGAAUUAUAUCAGAGUCGUGAAGAAAGACGAUUAAAUAAAAAAAGUGAUUCUCAAUAACCAAA